UUCGGAUGACGUUCAUUGAGAUUUAUUGUUAUCGUUAUUUAUUGUGGUUAUAUGGUUUUCCUUUUCAAUAACUCUAAAAAUGCCGCACUGUUGAAAAGGUUUCCUGGGCAGCUUCUACGUGAGCAGACUGAAAUACGACAAUCUUGGACAGGACGGACACAUGGAGGAUAUCUUGACCGGGGACGCUCAACUGGACCAGGCUGUCCGACAGUGGCUGCAGUAUGACCAGAAUGAGAAAACAAAGUCUCUAGUCCAGGACCUGCUCAAAGAUGGAUCACUGGAGGUGCUGAAGAAGAAGUUUUCCCAUCGGAUGGAGUUUGGGACAGCUGGUCUGAGGGCAGCCAUGGGUCCUGGGGUUUCCUGUAUGAAUGACCUCACUAUAAUCCAGACUACACAGGGUUUCUGCUGCUACCUGGAGGAGAUUUUCGGGAACCUGAAGGAGCGAGGUGUUGUCAUUGGCUAUGAUGCACGAGCCCAUCCCACCAGUGGCGGCAGCAGUAAGCGCUUUGCCAGUCUGGCUGCGGCUGUGUUCAUCAGCAGAGGGGUGCCAGUCUACCUCUUCUCUGACAUCACUCCCACACCCUUUGUGCCAUUUGCCGUUUCCCACUUGGGUCUCUGUGCUGGAAUCAUGGUGACGGCUUCUCACAAUCCCAAGCAAGACAAUGGUUACAAGGUGUACUGGGAGAACGGCGCCCAGAUCAUUUCUCCUCACGACAAACGUAUCGCGAAGGCGAUUGAAGCGAAUCUGGUACCUUGGCCCGAGUCCUGGCAAACAGAGGAGGCCCUGAAGAGUUCUCUGCUCAAAGACCCAUACCAGGACGUCCACGCAGAGUACUUCAAAGCCAUCCAGAAACACUGUCACUUCAGGGAUAUAAACAAGAAGUCAGACGUGAAAAUCGUGCAUACAUCCGUGCAUGGUGUUGGUCACUCCUUUGUCCAAGCCGCUUUCAAGGCCUUUGACCUCAACCCACCCUAUGCAGUAGAAGAACAGAAAGAUCCGGAUCCUGAGUUCCCUACUGUGAAGUAUCCUAAUCCAGAGGAGGGAGAAGGAGUCCUGACGCUCUCCUUCAGCCUGGCGGAGUUGGAGGGCGCCACCGUGGUGUUGGCCAAUGACCCAGAUGCUGACCGACUGGCCAUAGCAGAAAAACAGGCGAAUGGGAAGUGGCAAGUGUUCACGGGGAAUGAGCUUGGAGCGUUGAUGGGAUGGUGGAUGUUCCACUGUUGGAAGAGCCAGAACACUGAUCCAAAUGCUGUGAAGAACCUUUACCUGCUGUCCAGCACAGUCUCUUCGAAAAUUCUUCGCGCCAUUGCUGUCAAGGAGGGAUGUCAUUUUGAGGAGACUCUCACAGGGUUCAAGUGGAUGGGGAAUCGGGCCAGAGACCUUUUGGAUCAGGGAAAGAGUGUUCUGUUUGCGUUUGAAGAAGCCAUUGGGUACAUGUGCUGCCCUGCUGUUUUGGACAAGGAUGGAGUGAGCGCUGCUGCAAUUGCUGGGGAGAUGGUCUCUUAUCUGGCCACCAAAGGCAAAACUCUUUCUGAGCAGCUUACCUCCAUCUUUAAUGAGUACGGCUACCACAUCAGUAAGAACUCCUAUUUCAUCUGCCACGACCAGAAUGUCAUCCGCAGCCUGUUUGAUCGUCUGAGAACCCACGAUGGCACCAGGGGCUCCUAUCCGACCACAUGCGGUCGGUUCACCAUCUCUGCUGUUCGUGAUCUGACCACAGGCUACGACAGCAACCAACCAGAUAACAAGGCGGUCCUGCCCACGUCCAGUUCCAGUCAGAUGAUCACCUUCAGCUUUGCUAACGGGGGUGUGGCCACCAUGCGGACCAGUGGCACAGAACCCAAGAUCAAAUACUACACUGAGCUCUGUGCUGCCCCCGGUGACAGUGAUGUAGCUCAACUGAGGAAGGAACUUGACGACCUGGUCAACGCCAUCGUGGAAAACUUCUUCGAGCCAGAGAAAAACAAGCUGCAGCCAAAACCGGAGUAGAAAAUGUGUCUUCCUUCCACCUCUUGUCAAAACAGCUGUACUGUGACCAAUACGCUUCAAGGUUCUCGCCUGAAAUAUUCACAUUCCCGAACAUACCCAACUGCUCACAAAGUUGUACAUUUCUACAGUAAUACAAAACAUUUCCCUGCACAAAACCUCUGUAAUGCUACCUGGUGAUGUGAAUCUAGUGUGGCUAACCCAGGAUUUCCUUUCUUGAUCGUGCUGUCUUCACACCUGGCCCCUUACUGCCCUCGUGCUCUCAUGUCCAAGCAAGUGAUCAUAUUCCAUAAAGGUAUAUUUUGUCUGCUGAGAUGUAUUUUUGAUUUGCACCUGAUGGUAUGUGGAGGCAAUAGCAUUAAAACA